CUUGCCUCUCUGAACAGGAUCCACCACUUACCACAACGUUAGAGAAAUAGAGCUGUAAAGCUUGAGGGCCUUUUGUUGUAUACCUACCUGUUAUUGGUGUUAAGCUGGUGUUGAGCGCACUGGAGGGCAGUCUGCAAUCAUGUCGGUGAUGCUCACGAAGUUCGAGUCUAAAAGCAACAGGGUGAAAGGCCUUGCCUUCCACCCGACGCGGCCAUUGCUGGCGGCUUCGUUGCAUAAUGGGAGUGUGCAGCUCUGGAAUUAUCGCAUGGGUGUGCUAGUAGAUCGAUUCGAAGAACACGACGGCCCUGUCAGAGGUGUUCACUUCCACCCUUCACGUCCUUUACUGGUCACAGGUGGAGACGACUAUAAAGUCAAGGUGUGGGAUAUCCGACCGCAAACCAGACGAUGUCUAUUUACACUUCAUGGCCAUCUCGAUUAUGUCCGGACAGUCAUGUUCCAUCAUGAAAUGCCAUGGAUCAUAUCAUGUUCGGACGACCAAACAAUUCGCAUAUGGAAUAGUACCUCGCGAAACUGCGUCGCAAUCCUGACAGGGCAUUCGCAUUAUAUCAUGUCGGCCCUCUUCCACCCGAAAGAGGAUCUCGUCGUGUCGUCAUCUAUGGAUCAAACGGUACGCGUGUGGGAUAUUUCCGGCCUCCGCAAGAGCACGCCGAGCGCAGCACCAGGAGGCUUCGAGACAUUUGAUACGUUCUCCACUGUAAAAUAUGUUUUGGAGGGCCACGACCGCGGCGUAAAUUGGGCAGCGUUCCAUCCGACUCUUCCCCUCAUCGUGUCUGCUGCAGAUGAUCGCCAGAUCAAGCUUUGGCGUAUGAGCGACUCAAAAGCCUGGGAGGUGGAUACUUGUCGUGGACAUUUUAACAACGUCUCCAGCGCGCUUUUCCAUCCUCGCCAUGAAUUAAUAAUUUCUUGCGGUGAGGACAAGACAAUUCGCGUUUGGGAUAUGGCAAAACGUACACCUGUUCAAACAUUUAGACGAGAACAUGACCGCUUCUGGGUUUUAGCGUCGCAUCCGGAACUCAACCUUUUCGCUGCCGGUCAUGACAACGGUUUGAUCGUAUUCAAGCUUGAGCGCGAACGCCCUGCCUACGCUCUUCACGGCGACACACUCUAUUACGUACGGGACAAAUAUGUUCGCCAAUACGAUUUCAACUCUGGUGCAGACGUUGGUGUGCUUAGCGUUCGUAAAUUCGGGAGCCCGUAUAUCCCACCUAGGACUCUGAGCUUCAAUCCGGCGGAACGUGCUGUCGUAAUUACGAUCUCUUCUGAUAAUGGUCUUUUCGAGCUUUCGCACUUGCCGAAAGACGGUGGAAGUGAAGUAAGGGAUUCAGCGACUGACGGAAAGCGAGGCUCUGGGUCAAGUGCGAUCUUUGUGGCUCGGAACAGGUUUGCGGUCCUCAAUAAGACGAAUCAAGUGAUUGAAAUCCGGGACCUCUCAAAUUCCAUUGUCAAAACCGUCAAACCUCCGGUCCAGACCAACGAAAUCUUUUACGGCGGUACAGCUAGUCUAAUCCUUAGCUCCACAAGUACGGCUGUUCUAUACGACAUUCAGCAAGGAAAGAAGAUUGCUGAAAUUACUACGCCGCCUGUUAAAUACGUUGUGUGGAGUAACGAUGGAACUCUGGUCGCUCUGUUGAGCAAGCACACCAUCACCAUUGCAAACAAAACCUUCAGUCAAAGCAGUCUGAUUCACGAGACCAUUCGGAUCAAGUCUGGUGCUUGGGAUGACUCUGGUGUGCUAAUCUACUCGACGUUGAACCACAUAAAGUAUUGCUUGCCUCAAGGCGACACCGGCGUUAUCCGCACUCUUGAUAACCCAGUCUAUCUUACUCGAGUCAAAGGUCCUACCGUUCACUGCCUCGAUCGGUCUGCCCGCCCGCGAACGAUAACCAUCGAUCCAACCGAGUAUCGAUUCAAGCUUGCUCUCCUACGUCACAACUAUGAGGAGAUGCUGCAUAUUAUCAAAACUUCGAACCUGGUCGGCCAGAGCAUCAUUGCGUACCUUCAACAGAAGGGCUUCCCAGAGAUUGCAUUGCACUUCGUUGAGGACAAGACGACGCGCUUCGAUCUCGCCAUAGAAUGUGGAAACUUGGACGUGGCUCUUGAAAUGGCAACCGCUAUUGACAGACCAGAAAGCUGGAGUCGCCUUGCGCAGCAGGCUCUCAAACAGGGCAAUCACAAGAUUGUUGAGAAAGCGUAUCAAAAGACCAAGAACUUUGACCGUCUAUCUUUCCUGUAUCUUGCAACGGGUAGUUCGGAAAAGUUAUCAAAGAUGCAGAAGAUUGCUCAGUCUCGCAGUGAUCCCAUGUCUCGUUUCCAUAACGCCCUUUAUGCCGGAGAUGUGGAGAGCCGAGUUGCUGUCCUCCGUGAUGUUGGGAUGUAUCCCUUGGCAUAUCUCACGGCGAAGACCAAUGGCUUGUCCGAUCUUGCGCAAGAGAUUCUCGAAGAGGCUGGUCUUAACGAAGCGGACGUAGACGAUAUUCCAGACUUUGGAACUUCAACACUGAAACCGCCUCCCGUCGUCACUUCAGUCACAGAUUUGACAUGGCCAUCGCUGGGCAAGGGCGAAAGCUUCUUCGAUCGUGCACUUGCCAACGGUCAUCUCGAAGCAGACGGCGACGUACCUUACGUUAACGGCAUCGGCGGUGCUGCAGCAUCUUCUGCUCUAGAUGACUGGGCCCGAGAUGAAGAAGCAGUAGAUGAUGUGGCCCCGGAAGAAGCUGGAUGGGAUCUUGAUGCGGAGGGAGUUGAUGCACAGCCUGAUGAAGCUGUUGUAGAGGCGGAGGUGGAGGAGACGCUUGAUGCUGGCGCUGGCGCGAGCCCAGGCGUGAAAGAAACGGAGCUUUGGGUGCGGAACUCACCAUUCCCUGCAGAUCAUGUUGCAGCUGGAUCAUUCGAGACUGCAAUGCAGUUACUUACCCGCCAACAAGGCAUUGUCAAUUUCGAGCCAUUAAAACCGCUUUUCCUUUCCGUAUACCGCUCUUCGCAUACGUACUUGUCGCCUAAUGCUUCGCUUCCGCCUCUUUUGCUCCACAUUCGGCGUAAUAUUGAGGAAUCCUCGGCGAGUCGGGUCUUGCCGGUUGCCGUCAAGACACUGCAGUCCAUCAAGCCGGAAUUGCAGGAAGGGUAUCGAGCGGUGUCUGGUAACAGGCUAGUAGAUGCAAAGGCCGCAUUCAAAUCCGUCUUGCAUAGUUUGCUCUUGGUACCGAUCACGUCGGAUUCAGAAGCAGCAGAGUGGCGUAAUGUCGUAACGUCUACUCGUGAAUACUUGCUUGGUGUAUCGCUUGAGAUAGAACGGCGCAGAGUGGCAGAGGCAGAGCCAAACAACGUCAAGCGCAGCUUAGAGUUAGCAGCGUACUUCACGAACUGCAAAUUGCAGCCUCAACAUCUGCAAAUUGCCCUUCGAAGUGCUAUUGGUGUAUUUGCAAAGGCAAAUAAUCAUGCAACGUCAGCGAAGUUAGCGAGACGGUUGUUGGACCUCAACCCGGAUCCGAAGAUCGUGGCACAGGCCCGACAACGGAUUGCUGCUGGUGACAGGAACCCACGCAACGCAGUUGAAAUCGACUACGACGAGUUUACAGAGUUCGGGGUCUGCGCAGCCAGCUUCACUCCCAUAUACAAGGGUUCACCGUCCGUAACAUGCCCGUAUACCGGUGCUUCAUACCUCCCCGAAUACAAGGGUAAACUCGACCCGUUGUUGGAAUUGACGGAGAUUGGCGCGGCUGUGUCGGGCCUUCCUGCACCACGAUGAUCGUUCGUUGCCUUUGAGCUUGGGACCUAUUUCUAGAGAGAGACCUGCAUGUGGUGUCGUUGACAAUGACAGUUUACCUUGUAAAAAGCUUCGCUAUAUACGGGUAUAAUUUUUCUUCUUUGUUCU